GAGUGUGAGAGGGGCGCUGCUGCGAGGAGAGCAGGAGUGUGAGGGAGUGAGUGUGAGGAGAAAGCUGAGGCUCAGGCAGUCUGAGAUGUAGCUCUGCGCUUUUGCACUUCUAACAGUGGAGCAUACAACAGAAGCACCUCCAGCUCUGAGUCUCUGAGCUCCUUGACUCGGUCUCAGUCUCUGUCCUCUCGCUUGGUCAUGGCUGUGUUCAGUGCCCUGCUGCUGUUUCUGCUGAGUGUCCGGGGCUCGUUUUCCUCUCCGUUCCCUGUGGCCGGUCAGGAGGAGACGUGUGAGGCGAACGGCUCGGUGUACUAUGUGGGUGAGUGGUACUUUCUGGACUCUGACCACUGCAGUCAAUGUGAGUGCACGGCUCUGGGCUCAGUGUGUUCGCGGACGGAGUGCACGGCUCUGCCCGCCGCCUGUAUCCACGUGAGCCAUUACCCCAGCGACUGCUGCCCGCGCUGCGAGAGGAUAGGUUGCGAGUACCGUGGAGAAGUGUACGAGUUGGGCCAGACCUUCCAGCCAUCCGAAUGUGAGCAGUGUACCUGUGACAGUGAUGGCAUUGCCAGGUGCCUGGUAGCAGACUGUGCUCCUCCACCCUGUGUAAACCCUGUUUUUCAACCUGGAAAAUGUUGCCCAGACUGCAAAGACGGUCCCAACUGCUAUGUUGAUGCGUCUAGGACCAAGAUAAUCCCUGGAGGAGAGCCAGUGUGGGUGGAUUCCUGCACCAAGUGCCGCUGCCACGAUGGCCAAGAUGCAGGCUACUGGGAGGGCAACCGACUUGCCACCUGCACGCGCCUCCGUAACUGCACACCGAGCAGCAGUCACAACUAAUCCAGCAAGUUUCCCGGUAGAGAGCAGAGCCCAACAGUGUUGAAGUGAUAGUUUAGCAAACAAUAUUUGACAGGACAUAUUUGAUGUCAAAAUGAAAUUAGUUUCUUUAGUUUUACAUUGGAGCUAAUGUAGCUAACAAAUGAUAAAAGUUUACCUACAAACACAGUUGCCUCAAAGGGUCAACUUGCUGAUCUUAUAGACAUCAAAUCUUAAAAAGACUUGUUAUAUGACGCUGUUAUCUGUAAAACUGGACAGUAUUUGCAUUGUUAAAGCAGAAGUAGCUAUUUAUAGCAUUCGUUUUGUCCUUUUGAGACAGGAGCUUUUAACUGGGAUCCAGGAGGGCCCUUGUCCAUAAGUUUGACAGUUUCCCUCUCAAACAGACCCUGGCAAUUAACAGAUGAGAAUCAGGUGUUUUUGAACAGGGAACUCACCAGUGGACAUAAGCCCUCCAGGACCAGCUGAAUACCCCUGAUUUAUUCAGUGCUAAUUUGUAGCUAUAAACAUUCAUUACUACCUAACUACAUUAUCCUGGUAGCUCCAGUGCAAGACUAUUUAAGCAAAGGGAAAAAAAAUGUACAUUUGAUUUCUCAUGGAAACACUGCUCUAAGACUUCCACAUAAGCUGAAGGUUGCUUGUGGUUGUAGCUUUAUUCUUUUGUAGCCUUAGUGAUUAAGAAUGAUAUUCUAGUAUAACGUGCCCAUCAUUAAGGUUAAAUGACUCAGCUGAAUAUUGCUUUGGCCUUGUAAGGGAUAUUCCCUAAUUAUGCCCUAGAAUGCAAGCUAGGUGGUAGAAGAGAAGAGAAGGUGAGAGACACUCCAUGAAUUAACUGCACUUUGAAAGAGUAACCAGUUCCCAUCAUUUCAAGGAGUCUCUCUGUUGUUCUUGUGUAUUGUGUCCUCUUUUUCUGGAUGCAUUUUCUUUAAGAUGUUCAUUGCUGUCAUCAGACAAAAAAGUUCACACCUCUUAGUGAACUGUCUUGUAGGAGAGAGUUAUGAAUGGUUUGUAUACUGUAAUGUAACAUACUAAAUUUCCUGCAAUAAGAGUUGAUUCUUGCAGUCUGCAUACAGGCAUACUAGCUGCUGGUGGUGGGACAGAUAAUUUCAUCAGAUACUUUGGUACAUAUGCUAGAAAUAGUUUUACAUCUUGACUCAUUUUGGCUCCAUUAAAUGUGCUCUCUCACCAAAAUAACAUCUGUUGUAAACAUGCUUACCUGCCUCUUACAGCGAUACCACAGUAGCCUCUUGAGCAGAGUUCUUCAGAUCCAGCCCUUUAAUCUAGUUCCUAGGCCUGGAUUUUGCAAUCGCUGGCAGUUAAAUUAAAUGUAAUGUAACUGAUUGGCAAUUACAAAAUCUGGAACUGAAUACUGUAUUUGAGGUCUGUAUUUAUGCUCUAGGGUUAGAUGUCACAGUGUAAAGACUAGAUAAACCUCUUCCUGUUGAUGGGUGUCUUGGAGGUGAAAAGAAGCUUUAAAAAUUGCAAGCACUCUGGGGUUGAUUUUUGGGGUCAGGCUGUUUUUAAUAUAUUGUUUGGUUGGGUUUUCUGCUAACUGGCCAAUAGCAGCAAUAGGCACAUAGCUAAUACUGCUGCCAGGAAACUGAAUAUCUGUUUUAAUUAGCCUCUACAUCUGCUUUAUCAUAGUGGUGUGAUUCCCAGUGGUUGUAUGACAUAUUUGCAUAAUGCAUCCUGGGUAUAGUAGUGAGAGAUUACAGACAAUGGACACAGAAUCAUGAAUUCUGUCAAAAUUUAGGCUGAUUCCCCAUGGGGAUCCUUGAUUGGCUAGAUGAGAUGAAACCAAAAAUCCAAGAAGAAGGUUGGUGACCAGUAUUGUAGAGCCUUUACGUUAUGUUGAAGUUCUUUAAAAAGUGGUUCAUCUGUGGCAGCACUCCAAAGAACCCUUUUUAGUUCCAUUUGGCACUUUUGAUUUUUAUAGAGUGUAUAUAGAUCAAAAUAUAAAGAACAUCAGAUCAAGAGAAUCGAAAUUCUGCUAUUUAAAUCCACCUUUUGCCUUACAACUGCUGCAAAAUCAAGGCAUUUAGUUAACAUAUUACAGGAGGAAAUCACCCAACAUGACUUUGCAGUCUUUUAACUGAUUUGGUCAGAUCUUUGGGUGACCAUUGAAACAUGCUAGAUUUAAUUUUAUUGUGGUUUGAAUAGAAUGUUUGAUUACCUGCUCAUAUAACACUAUACUACAUACACUGAAAUCUGAAAUUAUUAGUCCAAACUAAAAAAAUAAUCAUGAUAUCAUGCCUGUACACUCAAGCCACAGACCAGCUCUGUAGAUUUCAUACUUAAAGAUUGACUCCUUUUCUUAUUCUCUUUUCUCUCAGAGGACCAAAACCUGAAAACCAAACUGAAAUGCAGGUGUCAGCACCCUUUUGUAAGACUUAAAACAGACCCAUGCAGGCAUGGAAGUAGUUUAUGUAGCAGUAAGCAGUGAUGACGUUAUAAUAUUUACUCACUCAUCCUCAUUCUCUACUGUCCACCUUUUUUGAAGGAUAUAUAGCGCAUGACUACAUGAUGUCUUUACCCAGUGAUCUGUUGUUUUUUUUGUUAGUAUUGUAAACCUGCUUUGCUUUGGAGGGGAGCAUUCUUUAAGCAUUCUUUUGUAGGUACACAAACAUAAAUAAACAAUAUUUGGUAAAUA